UUUUUUCUUUUUUUUUAACUAUCGACUCAUCUUCUACCCCACAUUCAACAACACCUCAUUUGGGGAAUCACAAUCAAAACAGAACAGACCCACCUUUUGUUGUCCUCCUCAACCUCACCAUCUUCGGAUUUGAACCCUAGACCAUGGCUGGCAGCAAGAAAACCAAUAUAGACCCUGGUGCAGCUGGAACUUCUCCUCCUGAAUCUGAUCCUCCAAAACAAAUGGACCCUAUUGACAUCUUCGAAAAUUGAGAUCUACAAGAAGAGCUUUCUUUGAUUUGUAACAAGGCACUGAGAAGCUUUUAAGACCAGGUUUUUCUUGAAACUUCAGAUUCUUUAAUUUUGGGUCUUGUUUUCAAAUCAGCACCUCCUUCAAAUCUGCAUGUUCUGUACCCACAACCUCACAGACACUUCUUCCCUUUCCAACUCAAACCAGAUUGAGAGCCUUGGCUCAAUAAAUUUGGAUCUUGGCC